AGAGAGUGGUGCUGAAAUCACAGCGGAGACUUCAGCACGUAAAAACGCGCCAUGAAGGCCGGAGCUAGAGGAAUGCAUUGGAAACUUUUUAUACUUUCUUGUCUUUUAGCGGACGGGAUGAGCCAGGACUUUGGACAGACCCAGUUUAUUUGCACGUCCGUGCCCAAGGAUAUGGACAUAUGCACUGCCACACUGCAGAACAGCGUUCCCGGGGAGGAUCUGAAGAACACGGUCAUGCAGCUGAGAGAGACCGUGCUGCAACAGAAGGAGACAAUCAUGAGCCAAAAGGAAACGAUCAGGGAACUGACUUCCAAGUUGACGCGAUGUGAGAGUCAGAGUGCGUCCGAGCCCGGAGACGCGCGGGCCGGUGGACGGCGGAAAGAAACGGGCACUAAGAACACAAUGGGAGAUGUAUCGAGAGGUCCGACGGAUACACUGGCUCAACUCUCACAGACUUUACAGUCGCUCAAGCAGAGACUCGAAAACCUGGAGCAAUUUAGCCGGAAUAACAACUCCGUCCAGGCGAACAGCUUGAAAGAUCUUCUGCAGAGCAAAAUUGACGACCUUGAGAAGCAGGUCCUAUCCCGUGUGAACGGAUUGGAAGAAGGGAAGCCCGGGGUGCGCAACGAGAGCGAGCAGCGCGGGCGCGUCGAGUCCACUCUCACCUCACUGCACGAGAGAAUCACUGAUCUCGAGAAAGGUCAAAAGGAAAACAGACCACUGGAUAAAUUUCAGCUGACGUUCCCACUACGGACCAACUACAUGUAUGCUAAAGUCAAGAAGAGUCUUCCAGAGAUGUACGCCUUCACUGUGUGCAUGUGGCUUAAAUCUAAUGCCUCUCCAGGAGUGGGGACGCCUUUCUCUUAUGCAGUACCUGGUCAGGCCAAUGAGUUGGUUCUCAUUGAGUGGGGGAACAACCCGAUGGAACUGCUCAUAAAUGACAAGGUUGCUAAGCUGCCUUUCCUCAUCAAUGAUGGAAAAUGGCAUCACAUCUGUGUGACGUGGACUACACGAGAUGGAGUGUGGGAAGCUUACCAGGAUGGUGUGAUGAGGGGGAAUGGGGACAGUCUGGCUCCUUAUCAUCCAAUCAAACCACAAGGGGUCCUGAUUCUGGGACAAGAGCAGGACACUCUCGGUGGAGGGUUUGAUGCUACUCAAGCGUUUGUUGGUGACAUGGCAAAUUUCAACAUCUGGGAUCGAAAGCUCUCCGUUGGAGAGAUUUACAACUUGGCCACAUGCAGCAGCAAAGCUCAAGUAGGUAACGUCUUCUCUUGGCUGGAAACCAGCAUUGAAAUCUACGGAGGGGCUUCAAAGUGGACAUUUGAGGCUUGUCGCCAACUGAACUAAAGAGCACAGAAAUCUCUCAAAGCCAAUGAGAGAUGUGAGUUACCAGGUCUCGCUUACCAAAAUCGUUCAUUCAAGAACAUUUACAAAAAACAUGGGCAUGAAUAUCAUCUGAAAUUCUUGAGAUAUUUCAAUAAUUAUUGUCUCUAAACACAAUCAGGACUGAGAACAAUCAGUUUUAUCUUCAUUUAUGACUGGAUCUUCAAGGCAAAAUCUUGGGUUGGUGAUAACUGAAGACACUUGUUGUUUUUGCUCUCCUGUGGUCAUCUGGGCAAGCAAUGCCUUACUGGAAAACUACUUAAACACGAUAUGGCACAGACUUCCAUCUUUACAUCCUGGAUCAUUUGACCCCUCCUCCCUUCGUACAGGAAGCCAUGUAGACCAACAGUAGAUUUCCGAAAAGCAAUUACAGUAGGCUACUAUUUCCCAUCAGGAUUAUUAGAUAGAAUUACCCACUGCCUGGGAUACUCACUGUGAAAUAAGGAUGUAGAAUGUAAAACACACAAAGAUGAGUACAAAUAAUGUUUUUCUUUUUUUCUUGUGGUUUUGUUCUGUCUUAUCACCUCCUGCUUGAAGCAUUUUUAUUCAUUCGUUUCGUUGGUGUGCGUGUGUGUUUGUGUGUGUGGGUUUGUACAAAAUAACGUAAUCAUUGCCAACAUAUUUCAAGCCUGGGUGCCUUGGGCUCUUUAAAAAUAUCAAAACUCGACACAUUUGUCUUCAUUUGCAAUGUACUUCUAUUAAUCUAUUUCUCUCCUUGUGUAACUACUGAUUUGAACGUUUUAUUGAUUACACUUGUUCACAAUUCAGUUGGGCAGCAAGAAGUAUUUCAAAGGAAGUUGUUUAAAUCAUGGCGUGUCCAGCGGGUGUUUGUAUUUUUCAAGGAAUGUUACUUGUAUAGAAAACAAACAGCAUGACCAACUAAAUGCUGCAACAGCAUUAAUGAAAAUCUGCUUUUAUUAGCUCUUUUUGGGUUGAGAUUUUAUACUGUAUUGUUAUAUGCUAAAAGCAUGGCAGCACUGAAAGAAGAAAAAGGUCUAAUUUUUGUAAUAAAAUUGU